AGAGGAAAAUUGUAUACAUGAAGCCGCAUGAAAGCCUGGAUGCAACCUAAUAUUUACAAUUAAAAUGGCUGCCAAUGCAUUGCGAAAAAAUAUUUUGAAUGUUAAAUGUCUUAGAACAGAUUUACGACAAUUUCAUACUGUUAAAAAGUCUGCGACAGGUUUGAAUACCACAAUUAUUGUUGGGACUUCGUGUACUUGUUUAGUUGCAUGGCAGGCAUGGCGGAAAUAUCGCAAAAAUGAGAAAUUUCUUCCAAAAGUUUAUGCUGCCCAGGUCGAGAAAGCAGAGAAAACUUCAAAUCCAAAGACCCAUAGAGAAGUGAGGUUUGAACAGUUUGCAUCGGUACAAUGUGAAGGUGUAAUUUAUAUGACGCCUCAAGAUUUUCUGGAAUCUGUGACGGAGGAAGUACCAAGACAUAUGAAAAAUGGAUCUUCUGCUCGUAUUGGACGCACCAAUUUGACACCACAAGAAGCAACAGAAUGGCUCAAGAAUACGCCACCAAAGCGAAGGGGAUCGAAAAAUCUAUUCCGAUCCAUGCAUGACAAGGGUUUGAUCUCUUACACAGAGUACCUGUUUUUGCUGUGUAUAUUGACAAAGCCUCAGUCUGGUUUCAGGAUUGCCUUCAAUAUGUUUGACACGGACGGGAACCAAAUUGUGGACAAACGAGAAUUUUUAGUUUUGGAAUCAUUCUUCAUUCUUCCGCCACACGAGCGCAAGUUUGUUCCCCGAGAAAAAAAGCAUUUGCAGGCGUUACUAGAUCUAGAGGGUGUGUUUAGUAAACAGAGGGACUCUAGCGCAAAGAAACAGUCUGACAAACCUGAAGACGGCACCGAAAAAUCAGUGGAGCCAAUCCAGGAGACGACAUUGUUGUUACAUUUCUUUGGAAGACGAGGAAACGAUGUACUCAAAUAUGAAGAUUUUCACACAUUCAUGACAAACUUACAGAGUGAGGUGAUAGAGUUAGAGUUUCUAGAGUUUUCUAAAGGUAUGCAGACGAUAUCGGAGGAAGAUUUUGCACACAUUCUCCUACGUUACACAAAUCUUGACCAGCUUGAGAUAGGGGAAUGUAUCAACAGAGUGAAAGAAAGGAUGCCUGUAGAAAAG